GAAUUUUUUUCUUUUAUCUUUUGUUGUUGCUUCAAGGUGAGUGUAUCAUGGUUCAACAAUGUUAGGGCUUCAAAAUCCACAUGCCAUUAGCAGCUGUCAGUCAUUUCUGGAUACUAGUGUGCUGCAUGAAGUCAUUCCUUGCAAGAGUAAAAAUGUCAAUCCCUUGAUUAGUAAUCUUAGUUCUGCUACCCUUGUGAGUUCUCCUGCUAAAGGAGUCAGCAGUUGUUCUUUUUCUUGGACUUGGCCAAGUCAACUGAAAACUUAUAAACUCUCUCAGCAAUCCGCUUCAUAUAGAUUGCUGUGCCGGUCACAAGAUACUACUUCACCUGAAAAUGAGUAUCGCUCCUCCCGAAAUAUAGCCAUCAGUCUGUUCAGGCGAUACAAGAAUUUUCUUGAGCGCGGAGGAGGUGACAACUUAAAAGAAUUCAUCAGUGCUGGUGUGAAUGCAUAUGCUUUGGGAUGUACUGAUGAAGGAUUGAGGAAAGAACUGUUUUCUUUAAAGGAAUCAGGUGUUGAAAUUGAAGCCAUGGAAACAUAUGGAGGAAGUACCAGCCUGAAAUCCAAGAUUUUAUCUGUGGAGGUUGAUGAGUGUAUUAUGUGGUUGAGCAUUAUAUUCAUCACCAUCCUAUGUACACCUCAACCAACUAUAGUUCGAUGGUCAUCCACAUCCCCAGUUUCUGAUGAAAUGAUAGUCCAGUGGAAGGGCUUCUGUGCAAUCAUAGCAAAUGCAUACUUUGUGAGAGGAAUGGCAUGGCUCCCAGUGAAAACUCUCCAACUAGAGCAGAUGGCAGUUGCUGGUCAUGCUGAAGAGCCAUCAGUUGUUGCUAGCCGGAUGAGAUUAGUUUUUACCACUCUAGAGGUUGUGAGUCCACAGUGGCCUAGAGGAUGAAGCAGUAGAUCCAGAAUUUGGACUUCACAAAUAUGAAACAUAGUUCAACAAGAUAUGUACACAUUUCUUUCCUUUGUCCAUUCUCUGUUAAACAUUAAUAUUCUGCUACAUCAAUGUAUGUUCGACAUGCAAACUUCCACUAAAUCUUCAGAGAGCAAAGAAUAUAAAAAGGAUAUAUUGAGUGAA